UUCUCCACUCAGGCAGGUGAAAGCUUCUUGUCGAUGGCAUUCGGAGCCACACUGCGAACUGCAUCUGCAGCGCAGAUACGAAUUAUGGGUCGUGUGAACAGCUGCUAAACCUAGUCGUCGAUCCAGAGAAUGCUGUGUCGUCAAUCUCAUGGGGAGUUAAACUUCAUAUAAGCUCAGGCUGCCUGCCAUGAGGCUUCGGUUUGCAGUCAUCGCGCUCCUCUCUUUCUCUCAAGAUGUUAUCUUCUCAUACUUUCGUUCUUAUUUCCACUUUCAUUCUUUUCAAUACAUCGGCUGCUCUCAAUGCAUGCCCUGCCACUGAUACAGUGUUUACCGGAACUCAGGGCAUCAGGUACCGUGUUUGUCCGGACACUGAUCUCAUUGGGGAUUCACAAUCAAUCACACGUAAUGUUGCUUCUACCACAGCAUGUGCACAGCUCUGCGAUAGAGCCAUGAACUGUUUCAAGGCUGUCUACGACACUCAAAACAGAGACUGCCAUUUCAAGGCCAAUGCUGGUCUCAACUGGCAACCCAAUGGGCGUUUCGAUGUCAUCCAGGCUGAACAGGUUAACAUUGCAAGGUGUCCAUACAGCGAGACGACAUUCACUCGCAACGGCAAAACUUACAAAAUCUGCCGCGAUACCGAUCUACGUGGCGGCAGUGCCCAGAUGAUCAAAGGAGUUACAUCAACUAACGACUGUGCUCAACGUUGCUCAACGAUCGAUACAUGCGUACAAGCAGUAUUUGAUUCUACGGAUUCUGUGUGCCACAUCAAGGUGGAUGCAAACACCAACACUCUCAUCUGGUCGACCGACAAGCGCUUUGACGUGAUCCGUCAAGAUAUUGCUGCCUCUCCUGCCACCAUUGGUGCCUGGUCCGAUCUAGUCAGACUCCCAGUCAUCCCCGUGGCCGCCUAUGUUGUGCCUGAGUUCCCAUCAUCGAGUCGGUUGAUGUUCUUUUCCAGUUGGGGUGCGGAUGCUUUCGGUGGUGAAGGUGGACGAACACAAUUCGGGGACUACAACUUCAACUCUGGCGCUGUAUCUGCUCGUACUGUGGCCAAUACCAGGCACGACAUGUUCUGUCCAGGUAUUAGUGCUCUGGAAGACGGCCGCAUUCUUAUCCAAGGUGGCUCUGAUGCAAAGAAGAACAGCUUCUACAACCCUGCUUCCAACACCUUUUCCGCGGCUCCAGACCUAUUAGUCGCUCGUGGUUAUCAGACUUCCGCGACUUUGAGUGAUAAUCGUGUCUUUACCAUUGGAGGUGCAUACUCUGGCCCACGACAAGGAAAAGACGGCGAGGUAUACUCCCCAAAAAGCAAUUCUUGGAAGGCGCUCCCUGGUGCCAAAGUCGGACCCAUGCUCACCGUCGAUCGCGAGGGUAUCUGGAGAGAAGACAACCAUGCCUGGCUCUUCUCUUGGAAGAACGGAUCCAUCUUCCAGGCUGGUCCAAGUAUGGCUAUGAACUGGUACAGCGCGAAUGGAAACGGCGCUCAGAUCGCAGCUGGCACACGUGAUACCGUCAAUGCCAUGUGCGGUAUCUUUGUCAUGUACGAGCCUGGAAAAAUUCUCACUGCCGGUGGAUCGCCUGAUUACACCAACUCGGAGGCCAACAACCAUGCCCACAUGAUCAGCAUCGGUGAUUACGGUCAGCCUGCUACUGUCGAGCGUGCUCCUGACAUGGCAUACCCUCGCGGUUUUUCCAACGCGGUGGUCCUUCCUGAUGGCACUGUUCUGGUCACCGGUGGCCAGCGUCGAUCCAUGGUCUUCACAGACGACGACGGUAUUCUACAAGCCGAGCUCUUCAACCCUGCUACCAAGUCUUGGAAGACUCUUGCUGCCGAAGCAGUUCCCCGCAACUAUCACGCGGUCAGCAUUCUCCUCCCGGACGGCCGUGUUUUCAGUGGCGGUGGCGGUCUCUGCUACAUUGGCCAGAUUGGCACAAGCUCGGUCAACUGCAACAAGCUUGUGGAUCACGCCGACGGACAGACUUUCUCACCACCUUAUCUUUUCAACACAGAUGGCUCAGCCGCGGCUCGUCCUACUAUCACAAACUUGAGCGGUACGAGUGUCAAGGUUGGUGCUCAAUUGAGGAUCACCACCUCGACUGCUAACCCCAAGUUUGUCCUUGUUCGCAUCGGCACUGUAACACACUCAGUCAACACUGACCAAAGGCGUGUACCAUUGACCACAGUCACUCGUAGGGGCACACAGUACACUGCUACACUUCCGAACGAUAGCGGUAUCUUGAUCCCUGGACACUACUACCUCUUUGUCCUCAACCCUGCCGGCGUUCCCAGUGUUGCGAGGACAGUCAAAGUCACUCUUUGAUAAUUUCUUUACCCAUAUUAUACCAUCUCAUAUGUUACGCAUGAGUUCAGCUCUAAUUCGUAAUGUAUACAGUAACCG